AUGAAUUUAUAUUUUAGUUCAGUAGCUAGUCAACAACCAGGACAUUCAUCAUUAUCUAAAAUGAAUACAAAUACAAAACAUACUAAUAAUCAAAUGAAUAAUCCAACACAUUCAUGUAAACAACAUGUAACAUUGUCAAAUGCUUUAGAUUUAUUUACUGGAAAUAAUAUAACAAGUGGAAUUGGUAAUAGAAAUAGUUUUAGUAUUGCUGGAAAUAAUCAUAUAAGAAAAUUAGAAGAGACAACACCAGUUAAUAUUGUAUUAAGACGUGCAUCUAAUGAUUCACCAUGGGGUUUUCGUGUUCAAGGUGGUAGUGAUUAUCACUUACAACUUACAAUAUGUAAAACACAAACUGGUAGUCCAUCAGAGGGUAUAUUACAAAGUGGUGAUGAGAUUUUAUCAAUUAAUGGAGAAAAUGCACGAAUUUUAAGUCAUGAAGAAGCAACACAAAAAAUUCGUUCUGCUGGUACUGAUCUACAAUUAACUGUAGCAAGAAGACAAACAUGUGAUCUAAGUGAUAUUCGACCUAAAGGAUUACUGAAAUUCAUAGCUCCACAGAACAACAGACGCUGAUUCUUCGACUACUGAUGUAAUCAUUCUUGGUUUCAACUUAUAAAUAUUCUUUUCUUUGAUCUUUUGUCUAUUUCUUCAAAUGAUCUAUUACUGUAUAUCACAGAAUAACAUAGAUAAAUGAUAGUUUGAGUUGUCUUUAUUUUUUGUCACUAGUGUUGAGAAUCAUUGGUCAUUGCAUUUAUUGUUGUUAGUUUGUAUUGGUAUGUGUUUUGUGUGUUUAUGUGUCUUAUUUCUGUUAUGACAACAAAAACUACUGAAAAUAUGCAAAAAUCAAACUUGUUAAUACGAGUAUAAAAUAUAUAUAUUAGAUUUAA